AUGGCUUCAGGACAACAGCCAAUCGCCACUGUCUACGUGCGCAACCUCGAAGAGCGCGUCAAGCCCGAACCGCUCAAGGAAGCCCUCAUGGUCAUCUUCUCCGAGUACGGCAAUGUGAUCGAUAUCGUUGUUAAGACCAACCUCAAGGCCAAGGGCCAGGCAUUUGUUGUUUUCGACAAGCCCGAGUCCGCCCUCACGGCUAUCGAAGAAGUCCAGGGGUUCGAGUUGUUCGAGAAGCCCAUGCAAGUCGCCCUUGCCCGCACUCGAAGCGAUGCCACCGUUAAACAGACCGGCAACGAGGAGGAGUUUGAUGCCCACAAGCGCCGGCGCAUGGCAGAGAAGGACAAAAAGAAGGCGCUCGAAACAGCCGAAGAGCAAAAGCGCCUCAAGCGUCCUCUUCCAGGUGCCGAAACCGCCGUCAGUGGCCGCCCAACCAAGAACGCUCGUGGUGCCGGCCUCAAGUCCACCGGUGCUGGUGCCGCCGCUGUCGUACCCGAUGAAUACCUCCCACCCAACCGCAUUCUCUUCGUUCAGAACCUCCCCGACGACUUUGGCAAGGACGAGCUCACUGGUAUCUUCAGCCGCUUCGAAGGUUUCCGCGAAGUCCGUACUGUCCCUGGUCGCAGCGGGAUUGCUUUCGUCGAGUACGACGCAGAAGCCGGGGCUAUUACUGCCAAGGAGAAUACUGCUGGCAUGGCGCUGAAGAAUGGCGAGAAGACGAUGAAGGUCACGUACCAGCGCCAGUAA